GGAGUGCCGCUUGUUGUGUCCGGCAUGGUCAGCAAGUUCUCCACAACUUUGCCACUUCCGGGACAGGAGCGGGACUCCAUGAGUAGCAAAGAUUUGAGCAAAAGAAAGGAUAAAAUUGCUGAGAAUGCUGAUGCGUCUCAGCUAUCCUCGUCAAACAGCCUUAGAAACACAUCUGAGAGCGAUCACAUCCCGGCGAGGGCUACUCCGUCUACUCCGAUGAGAAGGUGGCUCUCAUCCGUCAACCACCAGGAGGAGGCUCGGAGCGGGCCAUGGCAACAGCGGCAUUACCAGCCCCAUCAGCAGCUGCAGCAGCAACAGCAGCAGAAACAGCAGCAGCAGCAACAAGAAACAGCUGGCUCAGAGAACGUGGCUGAAAGUUCUGCCUCGUCUGCCCAGAGAGGGAACACGGCGUGGAUGAACCUCACAGAACGGCCGAGGAAGAGUAUAGCCGGGUCCGACACUGCGGUCACACUUGCCGAGCAGGGCAGUGCCAGGUCGUGUGAUGGUAAGCAGCAUGACGUCACACGAAAUGAUGACGUCAGGAGUCAUGAUAUCAAACAACAUAGUACCAAGCAGAGGGACAGUGCCCCUAGAAAGGCCGGAUCGUUUUCUGGUCGACAGCAGCAGCCUCGAAUCGAAACUGCCCGCGGAGGACUAAAUAUGACCUCUGGCUCAUUUCUGGGGAGGAGUCAGGUCGUAAAGAAAGGUCCAGCUCAGACAACUGUCGGCCAUGUUGAGCAGGAGGUAAGCAGUGCAGAGGCUGACAGCGGAGUGCAUGAGCCGGCCGAUAAUAUGGCCAUGGAUCAGGCCGAGAUUGACCGACUGUUGGCCAGGAGCUUACACCUCCGACGCUCCAAGCGUGGCGGAAGCUUGAGGCGUGGGGAAGAAACAUCAAAUUCCAGCAGUCAUACGGUAGGAAUGGAUGAGGGAGAGGAUACGCCCAUCUUAGUCUACGGCAAUAACGAUGAUAUACAUUUUCAACAUUCUGUGAGUAUGAAUUCCAAAGAGACUGAAAAACCAGAAGUGUUGAAUGUAUCUGUGGGUGCUUAUUUCUCUGAUUCGAAUAAAGGGACCCUGGAUGCAGAGAGAAACACUGAGAAUGUGAAUGACACCGAAAAGGACCAGGACAUGUCUAAGGUCAGUUCCUCAAUUGUCAGCAGCGAUUUGGAAUGCGUUUUCGACGAAAGCAACAAAUCUGUGACGGCACUUACCGACGACAAAAGUGAAAUCGAACCUAAGACGCGAGCAGACACCAAGUCUGAAAUCCCUGUGCGUAGUGCAAGCACGAGCGAUGAGCGACACGCAGUUGGUGCAGGCGACACUGUGUCCAGAGCUUUGUGUUCUCAGACACUGGUCCGGCGUUUUUCCGCAAAUGAUGCAGACAGAAAACAAGACUCGGCUAUGGCCAUUCCUUCAGGCGUCAGUCAAUCUGAGAGGAUUGCGCUGUACAAGGAACAGAGGAGGAAACAACUGGCGCAUAUCUCCGAGCGACUGGGCCUUCAAAUGUCUUCUCAUAGCGGUGCUAAGCCUGUGGAAGAUAAAGGCGAUAAGUAUUCUAGAGGAGAGCGGGGACACGAGGCGCAAAACCAGGCCGAAAAUCUCUCGAGCGCCGCUCAAACUUCUUUAAGCAGAAAACACAGUUUUAAGUUAUCCUCCGGUUUUAGGUCGAUGGAUGAUAAAGAUCGUUUGCGAUUGAAGCCGGAAAUGCCAAUAACAGAAAGCGAAACCACGUCAUCUCCAAAGUUCAGCGAAUCUGUCGCAUGUGAAAAUCUCAAAUCACUCGACAAAGAACCAAAAAUUAACUAUGCAAAUACAUUGUCCGUCGCACACCAUCCUUUGAUAGCUAAUAGUGGAAGUUCUACAGAUAUUGUGCCAGCUCAAGGUCGAGGCCAUACUUCAUCACAUCAGACACCCGAGUCGAGUGGUCUGUCAACGGCCGUGACCUCGGGUACCGAAUCAGAUCUUAUUGUAUGCGAGGAGAAGGAAGUUCGGAGCAAGAUUGAAAGUCUUGUGGAGGUUGACGCAGCGGUGGCUGGAACUACGAAGGUCCUGCCUCAUGAGGUACGUGCACUGGCAGGGGCCCUCUGGGACGGGGGGACUCCGAAGCUUUGUGACGCCUCACAGGGGAUGGCAGGCCAACAGUCUACUCCUCAGCAGGUCGGUGAACUGUCCUCACAGUUGGCUCUGCCACCCAUCGAGAGAUUUGAUCUUAGAGCUACAGGAAUAAAGUCCGCUACAACUGUGUCUGCAGAAGAGUCAUAUGGUGAGAACCCGGAGCAAGCACCGUCGACUACGUUCAAACGUUCCUUGACGUGUCCAGAUAAUCAGCAGACCUUCACCAACACACGUACUGAAAAGGGCUCAAGCGACGGGCUGGCUGAAAACGCUUCGUCAACUCCCAGCAGGCCUUUUGUCAGAAAGGGCACGAGGUCUCUCCUCCCUCACACGCCGAAGCCACAGAUCAAUAAUUCUCCUUUAGAGGUCAAUGAAGAAAUCGUUGGAAAAAUGAAAGCUAUUCCGAAGCCAAGCGCACCCCAUCCCGAGGCAGUAGUUGUACAGCCUCCGUAUGAUCAGUCCUUCACCUCCUUGUACUACCGCCGAUAUAGACGAAAACCGGAAGAGACUUCAACAGAAAACAACGUAGACACGUCAAAGACUCAAAAGUCGGAUACCGGAGCAGAGGCAAGUACAGUUCGGGUGACCAGCAUGCAAAGUUCAGAGAUUCCUUCUCGCGUCAGCGCAACUCGGAAAGUUUCCCCGAGGUCGUACGUCGGCCGUGCUGACAACCCGCUCUCUACGUCUGUCUCUGUGGCAGUGAGCAGCGACCCCAGUGCUAGGAAAACCGGGACCAACGUUUUAGCCUCGGCGCAAUCAGCUCUUAGCGACCGUCUCUCCAAGCCAAAGUCAAGGUCGCAAAGUACACGGCACAGCCCAAGAGACCAUCCUGUAGGUACAGGCACAAAGUCAGUCCUGGGAAGCCCGCGUGGGAGCCCGUCGCUAACGCAGGCUCCCAAGGCUCAGUCGACCUCAAAACCGAAAGAGGUCCCUGUUGCAGCUCCUGCCAAAAGUUCUCCUCGUGGUGCUGGGGCUUUGCCUACUCAGCAAAAGACUCCGAUCGGUGCAAAACAUGAGCCCAAUGGGACUCUGGCUAGUACAAAGUCGCGCACUAGCACCACAAACCUGACGCACCGAAACAGUUUUCCUGCAAGAACCGUCAACGCAAACAAGGAUACUUCCCCAUGUGCCCUCCCCGGAACCUUGCGAACGACUCCAAAAUCGUCGCCCCGGGAGAGACAAGGGGUUAACAUUAAACAAACACAGACCGUCAAGACACCUGAAGCAAACUUGAAUCUCCUGGCGGACUCUCAUCGUACGAAACAUUCAACUUUGGGGCAUCUCAAAACCCCUUCGAUCAAGUCCCACCAUGACGGCAUUCCACCGUCCCGGGUGUCCUCGAAGCUUGGAGGAAGAGCAAAUCUCAAGAACAAGCACACAGACAAGAAAGAUAGCCCAAGAGGCCUAGGACAAUCAGAUGCGUCACGUGGGAAGAAAGACUACUCUCUGAGAACCGUGGCAGCAAAGACGGAGACUUUGAACAACAAGCCCGCCCUUGCGGCUUUAGAAACACAUGUGCCGAACUUUAAAAGAAACUCAUUGUGUCGGAUGUCACUGCCAGCACAACUGAAAACUUUUCAGAGCCAGAUGCAGAAAACAGAGCCUAUUGCAGAAGAAGAUAGCCCGACUGGCCCGGCCUUGGGAUCAGGAAAACGCUACUCCUUCUCCGAGUGUGCCUCUGUGGGGAAAACUACAUCCAUCUCUGCCCGUCUUCAAAAUCUGAAAAAGGAAGAAAGCGAAGCCUUGGCAAGGUUUCAAAAACUUUUGUUUCGAGGUAGAAAAGUUGAAAUUGACGAUACGUCUGUUGUUCAUACACACACAGAGAUGUCCAAAGAGACACAGGAAUGUUUCAUAAAGGUAGAUUCUAUAGAGGAGGCAGAAAGAACAGCCAAGUCUCUGCUUGAAGCCGCCGCGCCAAAACAUCUUGAGGGACAAUUGAUCCUCUCUGUUCUUGGGCAAGAAGAGGAAGGCAAAUCUCUUGUUGUGUUUGGGGAGACUUUAGAUGCGCGAGAAACGUCCAAAGUUGCCGGUAAGGAAAAGCACAGAGUGAAAAAGAAUGAAGGGAAAGAUUUAAACGCGGUAAAUUCGAACAAUGCAACUGUCCAAAUCGCGGAGACGAACCCGCUCAAACCAACGAAACCUCCCAAACACAGCAGCAAAUGUACUAGGAGACCAGCGCCGUCUGUAGCCGAGAUGAACCUCAGCGAUAAGGAGACGCCACCUUGUGACGAUAUCCCCGCACGCACGGAGGUUAUUCCCAACACUCGCAAGUUGAAGUUCCAACCCAUGGUCUGCCAGCCACUACUCAGUGCCCCAGGCGAGGAGAGGGAAGGUGGACAGGAGGAGGUAGCUAACACAGCUGAGGGAAAGGUUGUCGUCCAAACCAUCACCAAGCUGAAUCUCAAUCCGGUGCAAAUUCUUCCCCAGAAGACACUGUCUCUAGAUGAUGACACAGCUCCCAUUGAGACAAGUAGCAAAGAGCGAUACCCCUUUGAAGGUGGUGAAACGAUCAAAAAGAAGACACAUACAGAUGCUCAUCCGUUGGAGAGCCAGAGAUACCUUUCAGUUAAGGAACAUGAAGAAACCAAGAAGAUCACAGAACAAUCUCUCACAACUCAAAACCCUGCAGACACUGAACAUACUGGCCGCUCGUUCAGGUCAGGAGACGGGGACGUUUCCUCGGUUGCUCCGCGGGAAUUCACUAAGAGCAGUUAUAUAGAAGACGUGAGAGACACCUCAAGUGAGAGAAACUCUCAGCACUCUGAGGUUCUGGCUAUCAACGAGGAGGUUGUGGGGACAGGUCGGACACAACUUGAAUCGGUGUCAUCUCGAGACAGAUUACCAGUUUCCGACUAUGAACAAAAUGACACAACGACAUGGCAAACAGGUUCGCAACCCGAUGACUUGAGCAAGUCGCCGCGCCAGCCCCGGACCAGCGAAUGUGACCGUGCCAUCAGGGAGCGUGUAAAGGAGUGCUUAGGAGGUCAGUCUGAGGGAGCCAGCGCUUCUCUCCAGCAGACUAGGGGCCCGAGGCCAAAAUGUGACGUCAAACAGAACGGUGAUCCGCCAAAGGGAAACCUGGAUGAUACUGUACAGUCGGGCUCUGUUGUUUCAAACUCGUCUGAAUUAUCGCGCCUUUCCCGGGCUAUUGUGGCGGAGUCAACGAAGGAGGACUUUAGCUCUGGUGUAAACAAGAAGCCGGCUGUUGCUCGUCGUGAGGAAGGAAAAGCUACAACAAAAUCGUCUGCUGAGUUCAGUUCCAAUUUCAAAAGCGAGAUAAACCGUCACAGAGGAACGUUUUCUGGGCUCAACGGAAGCCGUUUGGAAGGAGACCCUUCUGAGUGUCAGACCCUGUUACACGUUGAACACGAACCUGCACAGAACGCGUCUGGGAGUCCAGCAUUAGAAUAUGACUCUUCUUCUUCAAAGCGCCCCGUGCCUGAUCCCGUAGAAGUAAUUGCAGUCGCUAAUGUGAACAAGAACAAAUAUGAUGCCCGACAAGACUUUCGUGAGAGGGAGAUCACAGCUAGUGUCAAAUACACUGACGUCAGGGAUCCUGCUCCCCUUCGCUCGUAUAUAGACCACGUUUCGAACAGUUUCGGGAAUGCGAAAUCUACUGUCUCAUUGCCUUCCACACGGGCUGGGGGUGCUUUUGUAUUCGGGGGUAGAUCCGGGAACAAGACGCAAUGUUUUAGAAUUGGGGGUGAUCCUGUCUCUGACAGUGUGCUCCAAACUGUUGAUGGAGAGAACCGUGAACAAUGUGGUCACGAUCACAACGUUUCUGACUGUGUGACUUUAGGUGCAGAUGUUGUGUCUGUCUCUUGUCGCGGCGCUACGGAUGUUCCGGAGAGUCUAUACUCAGAAGGGCAAAAAACUGCAUCUCAUGACGUCACUGCACCCGCGGAAGUUGAGCUUUCUUCAGUCUCUGACCUUGCCGGAGAUCACCACAAGGAACAUGACAUUCGUAAGGAUCGUGUUCUGAAAAAGUUAGAAGCCGAAGCGGAGGCUAAACCCUCACUGACCUGCGGAGUCUUAAGCAAUCCCGAAAUAACAUUAGGAGAUAGCAACGAGUUGAGUCUUAAACUUGAAACAUCGAUGAACAAUAUUGUCCCGGGGGAUGUUUUUACUGAACAAACUGACGAAAGGGGAACAACUCCUACUGUAAAGGAUGCGUCGGUGAAAUUUGUGCAAAAUAGACAAGCUGAUAUCAGUAGCCUGUCAGAACGUCACGGCGAAAUCCUGAAGACCAAAGACAAAGAGCCGCCGCCCCCAGAGGACAUACGCCAAGUUAAAACUGUCCCAAUUGUUUCCUACCCCGGUUCUGGAAUGAUCGAGUCUCCUGGUUUGCCUACUGUGACGUCAGUCACUGAUCAACUCAACGUAUACUUUCAUAGCUCAUCCGCCGAAGAGGGCCAGCAGAUUCUGACCGAGGCAGAGCUCACGUUUCAGGAACACCCACAGAGAACAGUUGUUCACGAUGUGGCAGACGAGGCAGCAGACACCAGAGCUUAUUUAACUUCUUCCGCCUUCUUUGUCAAAGGUUCACCUCGAAGCCUCUUGAAGGAAGAAAAAGAAGAACUUGCCCACGAAAUCGCAUCUGUUCAGACCGUCGGUCAGCCAGAGUUGGCCCUAGACCUUCACACCCUGACACAUAAACCUGAGCUGAUUGGCUCCAGUACUAACAGUUCAUUAGUUCCCGAUAACCAAUCAAGUUCUGACAAUAAUUCCUCUGAAAAUCAUCCCCCAGAAAAGUUUCAACAUCCAUGCUCUAUUGAAGGGCUGUCGCCCAGAGCAGCCAAAGUUGGGAAGCUUGGAGAUAGAAUUAAAUUUGUUGAAAGGCUGUUGAAUAAUUCCUCAAAACCUGAUCCAGAAAGCGGUAUUAUUUCUGAGCAAAUAGGUGAUGCACAAUCAGCCUUACCAAAGUCUGGGGAGAGCUCAGACAAUGCCAUUGUUGACAGAAGUGUUGAUUUUAGGGACUUGAAAAAAGUUGCAGAAGCUCACUCACAAUCUCAUUUGAAGAGCUCUUUGGAGAAGCCACCCACCAUUCCUGAUCCUGACGCUUUUGCCACUGAGAGUGCUGAGAUUGUUGAACAUAAAGACUCAGAGAGCAAGGCCCAGUCCCAACAUAGCUCUAACCUCACCACAGCGGCGAUAAAUGCCACUCGAGCGAAAUCGACAGACUGGGAGAGAACCUCGGAAACAAAACCUAGCAAAGUGUCACAUAAUGACUUUUCGGAAGAUUUGAAGGCAAAGAAGUUGCAGGAAACUCAUUCCCAGCGAAGUCAAGGGGCUUCAGAGUCAAGUCAGGAAGAUAAUAAUAAGCUGGGGUCUAGUGGCAAGGCCAAAGGCGACAGUGUGGUGCGGAAACUGUCCCCGACCAGGCUCGACUCUCUGUAUUCCCGCCUGGAUGUGUCAGCCGACAGCUUCCACUCGCUCUUCCUGCAGAACGCCCUCUAUUUGGAGGAUGCCUCAACUAGCGAAGACCAGGAGCGUGCCCCUCCUUCUACAAUCAGGAAGAGAAGAUCUCUACACGGGCCCAGAGACAGAGGACUGAGUAGGGGAACGGAGGAGGGAGCGAAGCGGGGACCGGUGAAGCUGAAGGCAAAGAGCAAGUCACUGCGAGAGACUCG